UCCCUAAUCUUUUUAUCCCAUCUGGUGUGUUGGGUUGUUAUCUAUUUUCAUUCUAAAUUAAAAUUGCAGGACAAAAAGGGAGAGAAGUCUUUUCAAGCGAUGAACAAAGGUACGGGAGUGGGAACUGGGCCAACGGCAGCGGCCGCAGCGGCAGCGGCACAGAAGCAGAAAACUAUGAUGCAGAGAGUGGAAACCGACAUCGGCAACAUCGUCGAAAAUUUCACCCAGCUUGUUAAUGUUGCCCGGGUAAAUGAUCCAGCAGUUGGAAAUUCACAAGAAGCUUUCAUGAUGGAGAUGCGUGCAGCCAGAAUGGUCCAGGCAGCUGAUUCUUUGCUUAAGUUGGUGUCUGAGCUGAAGCAGACGGCAAUCUUUUCAGGAUUUGCAUCUCUUAAUGACCAUGUGGAGCAAAGAAGUGUUGAGUUUGACCAGCAAGCAAAAAAAACAGACCGAAUGCUGGCCAGGAUUGGAGAGGAGGCAGCAGCGAGCCUCAAGGAGCUUGAAUCUCAUUAUUAUUCUUCUGCACGGAGGACAGCCGAAUCUGCUUAGCCCAUAGAAACAGCUUGUUGUAUGUCUUGAAACGAGACGCGGAGAGUUUAUUUUGUUGAGAUGGAUGAAGAAGAUAAAAUAUUUUUAAGUUGCUCGGAAGUCUUUAUGUAAGCAUGCUCCUCUGCCUAAACUGCUUCAAUUGGCAUUAUUUGUUUUCAUGUCACCAAGGAACUAGAAAGGACAGAAGAAGACUAAUCUUUUCUGAUAUAGAUUUAGAUAAUGGAUUUCAAAUAAUUCGGAUUA